AUGCUUAUGAACUUGUGCCUGCCGAAGAUGUUUUCAGGAAUGUCUAGCCACCGCCUCUGGUGGGGUGGACUGCAGAAGAGAGUCUGCAUGAACCAGCCAGUGUUGCAAAGGCAGCGCAUUCAGCGCGUGCACAUCAGAGUUGGCGACCGGGCCGAACUCAGCAGGGCCUUCACACAGAGGGAUGUGGUUCGCUUUGCAGAAUUAACAGGGGAUGUCAACCCUUUGCAUUUAAACGAAGAGUUUGCCAAGCAAACCAAAUUUGGACAGACAAUUGUGCAUGGCGUUUUGAUCAACGGACUUAUUUCCGCUCUCUUGGGUACCAAAAUGCCGGGACCAGGCUGUGUAUUUCUUUCUCAGGAAAUUAACUUUCCAGCCCCUUUAUAUGUGGGGGAAGUCGUUACAGCGGCAGCAGAGGUGAUAAGACUGAAGCGGUUCAUUGCUCUUAUUGCAGUGUCAUGUUCUGUACCAGAAAGCCAAAAAACGGUGAUGGAGGGCUGGGUGAAAGUUGCCGUCCCAGAGCUCCCACGUCCCGAAAUAAGUGUUUAGCACUGCAGGGUCAGACAUCAGUGCUGCUGUGGUGCCAGACUGGGAUGACUGCUCUUUAUGAAGAAGCCGCUGGUAAAGCAGAAGCCCGUAUUGGGGGACAGGGAUGUUGCUAGAAGAAUGUUGAGAUGUCUCCUUUUCAACUUGACCUUGAUUUCCUCCUGGUUUUUAAAGUUCAAAAAAUAUGGCAACAGUCUUCAUGUUAGUAAAGGUCUUACUUUCAGGAUUUCAGGCCUGCUUAGAGUUGCAUUUGGAUAACCAGCCUACAUAUUUACGUAGACUCCGUUUCUUGUGAACUUGUAACUAUCCAACAAUUGUUGAAGGUGUCAACAGAAGGUGGGCCUGCCCUUUGCCAGUAACUAUCUUUAGGCCAUGCUUUUCAGCAGUUUCUGGGUCAGUAUUUAUUGUAGUUUAUUAACUCUUCACACCAAAUAGUGUCCUGCUCAGCCUUCAGUGGGGCUUGCCUUUCCAUUGGUUUCCCUGUUCCUGGAGAAGGACUUCUAGGUCGGCAGAUUUGGCCUGGGAAGGGUAACCUUGGCCUCAUCUUAAAAAAUGAGGUUAGCAACACCUCCCACCGAGGAUCGGGGCCAGAGGUGAUACAUGACAAAGGAGCUAGGUGUGCGGCUGGCCCCUCGGAUCUCUGCCUUUCCCUGGCGACUGAGGUGGGAGUUUGCCCGGGUUUAAAGCCAACUGGCCCACGGUGAAAUAAUCUAUAAGGAUUGGCAUAGUAAACUGACAUGGAUCUUAAAUGCAAAGUUUCUCUGACUACACUGGAAUCUUAUAGCCCCCCUCAAGCUAUUUUGAGUCUUUACCCCUCGGCACAUAAUACACCUUAUAUACUCGUGUAUAAGCCGAGUUUUUUUCUCUCUUUUUUUUUUCUUCAAGAAACAAUAGUUUAUUUUUCUAAUCACGUGACCAAGCUUCGAAUCUUAAGGUCUCAACAAGUUUUGCAUAUUUCCAUUGCAUAGACCUGUUUGAUGAUUGCUGGUACACGGCAGUUGGUUCUCCAGUGGUUCCCAUUUGCCAGACAGUGGGGCAUGGUGGCUUUUGCUCUCGGGCAUUCUGUCAAGUGAAUCCUCAUUCCAGGGCAACAUCACAGCCUCUGUCCAUCCAUCUCCAGCGGGGUUGGCCAAGGAGUCCUGCUUUGGCUGCUAGAGCUUCAUUCUGCUGAGUAUGAUAUUCCUGAAAUCUCAUGGAUAUUCUUUGUGUCAUUUUAAAAUAUUUCUGGAAGCAGUGCUCUGAGCACAUAGUCUCUUCAGGUUUCGCUUCUUGUUGUGAAGUCUUUUAACACAGUCCAAAGAGCAGAUUUCUGUAAGUUUAUUGUAGGUUCCAAGAAAUCCCUUAAACUUUUAUCUGAUGGGAUUCUGGUGUUUGUGCAGCCAUAUCUUUUGGUAUGUCGGAGUCACCUCUUCUGAUGCGUGAGUUUCAUUUCUGUUUGGGGAUCACAGUUGCUCAACGUUUUCUUGAGUGACUCAGCAAGUCUGAGUUCUUACGCACAGGUUCCUGCCUCCGACACCAAUAGAGUUUGUGGGCGGAGGAGGAGCAGGAUCACCUAAGCCGGGUUGGCUUAUACUCGACUAUGUACAGGUGUGCUUCUUCUAAAAGACCACACAAAAUAAAAGUAUAAGAAGACCGUGCGGCAAGCUUUUAAGAGUUUGGGGACUUUGAAGAAAUGUGUGUAGUAUUUUAAAUAUUAAAAGGUCAUUUCAAAAUAACCAACACCUUAAAGACAAGCCAUACCUGGAGUCCACCUGUCCUCUGGCUUUUGCAAGUGGCAUUGAUCACAACAGCUGUGUGUUGUGAUCAAGAAGAUAUGAUCAAGUAUCACAUUGUGUCAGCCUACAUUUAAAAAAUGUUUUUAAUUGUUUAAAAAUGUUUUUCACCUUAAUGGUGGAUCAGUAACUUGAUUUAAAUUGGUCUUUUUAGUGUGUGUACAUGAAGAGAUCCAGUUGAACUGAUGACUGCAAAAUUACUUUUCCUCACUAGAGGGCAGUGAUGUGCGUAAAGUCCUUUCAAACUGUUCAAUAUUGUUCCUCCCCCUUUCUGAAGGAGGGAAGAAAACAUCAAUGUGAGAGCAAGGGAGCCUCUUCUCUUGUGUUUAAGAAUGGCAAGUCGUGUGCAGCCUUGGAGCCCCUGGGGGAAGACUUAUUUACAUGUGAAAUGCCAGCUAUGCUGAGAAUUUGAUGUUAGGUUGACGUUGACAAAUAAACCAAGGAAUUUGUGUAAAAUA